UUGCCCUGUCACUGUAGUAUGACUUGUCAUCAGCUGAUGUGACAGGCAACAGUGUCUUGUCUCCUUGAGCCCUUGGACGCUUUCGCACAAUGACAAAAUAUUGUUCUGCGCUAAACUGCAAGAAUGAUUCUGGAAAUACCUCGACAGAGAAAAAGAGUUUCUACAAGUUUCCUUUACAAGACCCGGCCAGGUUGCAAAAUUGGUUGAAGAACAUGGAUCGCGAGGACUGGACCCCGUCAAGGCAUCAGUACCUCUGUCACGAGCACUUUUUGCCAUCUUGUUUUACCGUGCGCUGGGGCAUUCGAUACCUGGACAACACCGCUGUCCCGACCAUCUUUGAUUUGUCUGACAACAAAGCAAAACGGAAAGGAGUGGACCACUUUGAGCGUCGAGCCAAGCGCAAGCGUAGCAGUGGUGGUGUUGAGAAACCCACUCCACAGGACCCUGCGUCACAUGCCGAGUCCCUGAGCAUUGCUUGCCCAGGCCCAGACACCUCCGUGAACACGGUGCAGGUGUACACCAUCUCGGUCACCCCCGCCCAGCCAGUGUUGCAGCUGGACGCCAGGAACAUCCAGAGCAGCGCCCUCGCUGGCCCUGUGCUGGAGGCGUCUCCGGGUCUGAGCGGGGACUUUCCCGUCACUCUCCGGCCGACCGUGACCACCGGGCCUUUGGGAGCGGCCGGGGAGGGGGACGAGCCCAGGGAGGUGGUGGUGGUCAUGGAGGCUCCGCCAGGAGGAGAGGCUGUGGGGCCUGGGAGGAUAGGAGCAGAUAUGAUGGGCGAGGGCCAGAGACCAGGACCAGCGUCGGUAGCAUCCGCUGCUCCAGGUUGCCAGGUCUCUCUGGACCCCAACACAAUCACAAUUGACAAUAUGUACACUGUGGAGGUGGAAGAGUUGGGCGAGGUGAUCGAAGCCGAGGUGGUGGAGCAUCAUGCAGCAGAGGAAGACCUCAACGAUGAAGAUGAUGAAUUAGAAGAAGAAGAUGAGGAGGAGGAGGAUGACGAAAAUGGCAUUGAGGAAGAGGAGCCUGGCGUUGGUGUUCCGCUCAUCGCGUACUUCGAGACAAUCCCCAACGUGCUGCCCACGGGCCCAACCGCGCUGGUCAACAUCUCCCCGGACACGGUGCUGUCGUCCUCGGUGCUGGGCUCCCGGCCCAUCGUUUCCACCGUGCCCAUCGUGUCCAAGCACGUGCCCCCCACGCCCACGCCCACGGCCACGCCCGCCGACUCGCUCAUCCUCACGCUGGAACGGCUGGAGGACAAGAGGCGAGACGAGGACGGGGACGAGCUCUCGGAGAACUGUGUGGAGCUGCAAGGGAAACGCCUAGAAGAACACCGCUACCACAAGAACAACCUGAGCAAGGAGCAGCUGGAGGCCAUCGUGCUGGAGCUGCAGAAGAAGGUGAAGGUGCUGCAGCAGAGGCACCGGCGGCACCUGGACAAGUUGCAGGGCCUGGAGACCACCGUGGGCCAGCUGCGGCAGACCAACCUGGUCAACGAGGAGAGGCUGCAGCUACUGGAGAGGGCUUACCUGGAGACGUCAACAGUAACUGAAGAAGGUGAGACGGUAGCAAUCAUCUACGGUGAUGGCAACACAACCUACCUUUACGCCCAGCCCAAGACCGACCACAGAGAAGUUGGCCGUCUUUUGUGAUCCGACACUGGCAUAGUUUUGUACCCUGACACUGGCAUAGUUUUGUACCCUUCAGUGCACUAAACCUCAACAAUCAUGAUGUAAAGAUGGAUGGAAACACUAUGUAUUAUACACUGACUGUUGUGUAUUUAUAGUUUUGGUGCAAUUCAUUAGUAGCUAUGUAUUGACCUGUUCAAAUCCCUUUCUAAAGAUCCCUCAAUCUAAAGAUUCCGUUUUGUGGUGGCAUUGUGCACAUAUUCCCUGUGAUAGGCCUACCUUUUUCCAGACUUGCACUAGCCUUUUUUGUUUUAUUUUUGCAAAUAAAUAUAUUAAUGAGUAAAUUGUGGAAAUAAAUUGUGCACAGGCAUAUGUUACUAAAGUAUUUUUUCCACUCUUUUUACCCCUGCUGUUGAAAGAAUAUUUUCCAUACGACGAGAGUGAAACAUUUUAUGUAAUUUCACGUAUUUUGUACUCUAUUUUGUUUUGGGGGAUGGUGAGUUAUCAUGGAUAAUAUUAAUUUUGCUCAAAUAAAGAAUAUAUAUCCCCCCUGGCACCUAA